UCAAUCAAAAAACCAAAAGUCAAAGAUACCGAACAAAAAAUUUAUUGAAAGUUGUAUUAAAAGAAAAAAGAAAGCAGAACUUCAUUCAAUUCAAUCAGAAAACAAAAGUUUCUGCUUUCUGGGCGUACCAAAGCAGAAUUAUAUGCACCAACUGAUUAUGACCAAUCAAACGGGGGCGAAUAAACCAACGGUAUUUUUUAAUCCGGUCGUCGACUACGACCUGGUGCUGACGCUCUUUCUGGAAGAAUUCAAUGGGCGCUGGAGCAAUGUGAAACCAUCACCGGAGACCGGACUCGAGGGCUAUGAGGAGUUAACCAUACUCGGCUCUGGCUCGUUCGGUCAAGUGGCCCUGUGCAAGGACAAGUCGUCGGGCGACUAUUAUGCCGUGAAACUCAUGCUGAAAGAGAAGAUCGUCAAGAUGAAGCAGGUGACACAUGUGCACAAUGAAAAAAAGGUGCUGGCUUGCAUCAAGUUCCCCUUUCUCAUUUGGCUGGAUUUCUCUCGCAAGGAUUACGAUCUGCUCUACCUAGGGUUGCCAUUUGUCAAUGGUGGCGAAUUAUUCACCUACCAUCGCAAAAUGCGCAAAUUCAAUGAGAAGCACGCCCGUUUCUACGCCUCUCAAGUGUUUCUCGCGCUGGAGUAUUUGCACUUCCUGCACCUAAUCUAUCGUGACCUGAAGCCGGAGAAUAUUAUGAUCGAUAAAAAUGGCUACAUAAAAAUAACCGACUUCGGAUUUGUUAAGAAUUUAACCAAACAGAAAGUCGAGACUCGCACCAUGACGCUGUGUGGCACUCCCGAGUACCUUGCGCCCGAGGUCAUUCAGUCGCGACCUUAUGGCUCGUGUGUGGAUUGGUGGUCCUUUGGCGUGUUCAUUUAUGAGAUGGUCAAUGGCUCGUCACCUUUCUCGCCCUUCAAUCGCGACAUAAUGGUUAUGUAUGGCAAGAUCUGUGAAGGCGAAUACAAAAUGCCACAGGGCUUCAGCUCCGAACUGAAAGACUUGAUUGAUAAUUUACUACAAGUCGAGUUGUCGAAGCGAUAUGGCAGCAUGAUUAACGGCAAUAAAGAUAUCAAAAAUCACGACUGGUUCAAGUCGAUCGAUUGGUUUUCGAUACUCAACCAGGAAAUGCCAGCACCGUAUGUACCGCAAAUCGGUCAUGCUGAGGAUCUGUCCAACUUUGAUAAGUAUCCCGAAUUUAAACGUGGACCCAAAUCGAAAACAUGUCGUUAUUGCGAGGCUUUUGCUGAUUUUUAGAUUACUACUCUCUCUCAUGAUAUAUUUUCAUUACCAAUUACUUGUUUUCGAAGCUUAUUGAUUAUUAAUUGUAAUGAAGUUAAUUGAUUAUAGAAUUUAAUAGAGAAAAUAUAUG